AAGCCUAAUUCUACUGAUAGUCUAAAUGGUCUUUCAACCAUUAAUUUUGCAGACCCAUUUCAAGACAUCGACAAAGAUUUGAUGGAUCCAGGUUUAUGUAACGUUUAUUGUGCUAGUUACCUUUUUACCUACGCUGCCCUAACACAUGGCAAUCAAUGUCGAUGCGGAUUUCAAGAUGCGCUCUUCAAUUAUACUUUAAUCAACAAUAAAAACUGCAACAUCCCUUGUAUUGGUAACAGUUCUUACCUUUGCGGAGGAGAAGAGUCAUAUACCGUCUAUAAAGCCAUGCUAGACCCGAAUAAAAUUCCGGUAUCUGGAAUGCCUUCUCUCGAUGAAAAGAUAGCCACUAUUAAUGCUCUCAAAACAAAUUCCGAUUAUUUGGGGUGCAUUAAGGAUAGUCCAUAUUGCCAUGCAAGGGCAAUUAACGGUUCGGAGAAAGAAAUUGAAUCUAUGACAUCUGGAUGA